AUGUCGCUCAGUCCGUUCGGGGAACCUCCACCCGGGACGGAUCUAUCCGCCGAUCACGGCUCACGGAACAAUGCCGCUGUGAUCACAACCUUUGUCCUGGCAACAAUAGCAGUCGGGCUUCGGUUUUAUACGAGAUAUCGAGUUCAAUCUGUGCGAGUAGCUGCAGAUGAUUGGAUGAUCGUGGGGGCCUUUCUGGCCGUAACUGCAAGUCUGAUUUUGACUGUACUUGGUGGAUAUCAUGGCCUCGGGAGACAUGUAUGGAUUGUCCCUAUUGCCGAAGUCGUGGAAACGAUGCGCAUUCUCUUCGUCUACGUCCUGCUUUACGUCGUCACCGUUCCACUCAUAAAACUAUCCAUUCUACUCUUCUACCGACGCAUAUUCGGCAUGACUUAUACAAUAUGGUUCUGCGUGUUUUUGACAACCGGAUAUUUCGUCUCUUGCAUAAUCGCCUUUUUGGUUUGCUGCAGACCGGUCUCAUACUACUGGACACAAUAUGCAGAUCCCAGUGGAGGAAAAUGUAUUUUCGACCUCUACCCAUUCUAUAUCGGUAAUGCUGCAGCAAAUGUGGCCACGGAUGGAAUCAUUCUGUUGGUUCCAAUCCCCCUCGUGUGGAAGCUACAAAUGCGAAAAACACAGAAACUCUUGCUAUCCGGCAUCUUUUUGCUCGGAGGAUUGUAUGUCGCCCCCCACUCCAAGUACAUCUGGCCCAAGCUCAAAUAUUUCAGUGUCUGCAUUGCGAGCAUUAUCCGGAUCUAUUACAUGACUUUCCUCAAAAACUCCCCCGACGUUACCUGGAUCAUGGGCGACGUCUUCAUCUGGUCCAGCGUUGAGCCCUCCAUCGGCAUCGUAUGCGCCUGUCUUCCAACAUUACAUCCGCUACUUCGCUCUUUUAUCGCUCGCGUGCUUGGAAGUAGUACAGGGAGAUAUGCUGAGGCUUCGAGCAACCAGGAGUCAGUGAAGAAAAAAAUAUUUAUUCGCCGGCCAACGCCACUUGACUGGGACGAGUCCUUGUUGAGUACACGUGACGUGCAGGUCGAGAUGAGCGGAGUCAGGAGGAAUCAUAGCGACGAUGGGAAGAUUACAGUGGAUACGGACUUUCGAAUAGCUGAAGAGAGCAAUCAAUUGAAGUAG